AUGCGCUCCUCCACAGGAGUCAAAGGACUCCUGCCACUGGCCUGCUUGGCAACUAGUGUAUUGGGUGGAAACAUUCUUAGCACAUCAGGCUUCUCGCAAUGUAUGGAAGGUGGAACCGUGCAGGUCAAGAACCUCGAUGUCUCAUAUGACAAGGACUCCCGAGUCCUCACAUUCGAUGUUGCUGGUACCAGCGACAAGGUGCAGAACGUUACGGCCGAGCUGGUGGUGACUGCCUAUGGCAAAAUUGUCUAUACGAAGGACUUCAGCCCUUGUGAUACUGGCAUGCCGCAGAUGUGCCCUGUACCGGCUGCCAGUUUCGCGUCGCAAGGCAACCAGACGAUCCCCGAAAACUACGCUUCUCAGAUCCCGGCGAUAGCCUUCUCUAUUCCUGAUCUCGACGGCUUGGUCAAGAUGCAGUUGAAGGAUGCAGAUACUGGGGAAAAUGUUGCUUGCGUGGAAUCGACUGUUGGCAAUGGACAAACACUUCAGACACCAAUAAUAUCAUACGUUGCAGUGGGAAUGGCGGCAGCAGCUUUGUUGCUCUCUGGGCUGGCGGGUAUCGCAGCUGGAGGACACCCUGGUGCUUCGUCGCCGUCACCAACAUUCGGAGAGGUCAUUGGCUGGUUCCAAGGUCUCGCCAUGAAUGGUAUGAUGAGCGUACAGUACCCACAGGUAUACCGAAGCUUCACAGCCAACUUCGCUUUCUCGACCGGUCUUGUGCCUUGGGGACAGUUGCAGACCGGAAUAGACAAUUUCCGUGCGAGAACAGGAGGCAAUCUCACCAGCGAUAGCUACGAGUACCUGAAGAAUAAUGCCACUUUGGUGUAUAGCGAUGGCAGUGGCAAUACGACCACCUCGGGAAAGCUUGUGCGACGCGCUCUCGAGACUGUAUUGCUGUGGACUCGCGACGGCACAUCUGUCACGGUCAAUGGCACUUCGGCCAAUAUUGGCGAAGACUCUGGUAGCAGCUCGAACACAACAUCAUCUGGCAACACACGGGAGAACCACCUAGUCAGUGGCAUCCAAGGCUACGUCGAACAGCUACAAAUACCCAGCAGUAACACGUUCCUUACCGUCCUCCUCGUCUUUGCAAUCAUCUGUGGUGCGAUCAUUGUAGUCAUUCUGCUUUUCAAAGUCAUCCUCGAGGCCUGGAGCAUGUUUGGCAACAUUCCCAAGAGCAUGGAAUCGUGGCGCAAGCGUUAUUGGUGGAGAUUGGCCAAAGCACUCACGAAUCUCAUCCUCCUACUCUACGGUACCUGGACACUAUACUGCAUCUUUCAGUUCACAAGUGGCGACUCUUGGGCGGCCAAGAUUUUGGCUGGCGUUACCCUUGGACUUUUUACCGCCGUCCUGGCUUUCUUCUCUUGGAGGAUCUAUACGAAAGCUCACCAGUACAAACAGCUGGAGGGUGAUGCAUCGAAAUUGUACGAGGACAAGGACACAUGGGUCAAAUACAACCUGUUCUACGAGAACUACAAGAAGGGAUAUUGGUGGUUAUUUGUGCCGGUCAUCGUCUACAUGUUCGCGAAAGGCUGUGUCAUCGCUGGUGCCAAUGGUCACGGACUUGUGCAGACGGCUGGCCAGUUGAUCGUUGAGGCAGUGAUGCUGAUUGUGCUCCUUUGGGCUAGACCUUUCCAACGGCGAAGCGGCAACUGGAUCAACAUCUUCAUUCAGGUUGUCCGCGUCAUCUCUGUCGUAUGCAUCCUGAUCUUCGUGGAAGAGCUGGGUAUCAGUCAGACGACCAAGACAAUCACCGGCAUAAUUUUGAUCGUGGUACAGUGUAUCCUUACCGGACUGCUGGCAAUUCUGCUGGUCGUCAACGCCCUCAUCAACUGCAUCCGCGAAAACCCACACAGGAAGGCCCGCAAGGCAGCGGAGAAGAACAAGCUUGAACGGGAUUUGGACGACCUUACACCACUUGAUGCGCGCAACUCGUUGCUCAUGGAGCCAAUGGCGCAAAGACCAGGUGUGCCUGGUCCACCACCUUAUAGCGACAGGAAAGGCCGGUAUGAUCCGGUGCCACGAGAUCAUUCGCCAGCUUUGGGAUCGGAACGCAGCUUAAGCAGACCGCCUCGAUUCGGUCGUGAGGACGACGGUGCUCGUCUUGUUUCUGAUGCCGCUAGCAUGGGACGACGAAACGACAGGAGCGUCAGUCGCAGUCCGGAUCGUCAGCCCACAUUACCUGAUGUUUACGGACGAGCUCAUUAG